AUGCAGUCCACAACCGUCCUUGUCAACUUCCACGGCGACUGCCCAAAGUGCGGCGCCGGCAUCAGUGGCGACGCCAAGACCUGUGGAUCUUGCGGCAGCUCUUGCCCAGUCUAG